CUGAUGGUUUGCAGAUCUGCGGUGUUUGCUGCAGCAGCUCGGAAGGUCACCUCAGUAGCAGUAGCAGCAGCAGCAGCAGCAGCGUGUCUCUGGCAUCCAGCUCCUCUGUAGCGGCUGAAGAAGAAGACCAUGGACAGCUUUGACAACCUGAGUGCGUCGGAGAAAGCGGAGGCCACGGAGCUUCAGCGUAUGAUCGCUAUAGAGCAGCAGAAGGCGCAGUUCCAGGCCCAGGUGCACAGCUUCACUGAUGUCUGUUGGGACAAAUGUGUGGACAGUCCGGGCUCCAAGCUGGACUCCCGGACGGAGACGUGUCUGGUGAGCUGCGUGGAGCGAUUCAUCGACACCACCCUGACCAUCACCAACCGCUUCACGCAGAUGGUGCAGAAGGGCGCUCACUGAUCGUGGACUACGUUUGGACUGUUUCACAACAAGGCGUUUUCUCUUCCUGACAUGCCGAUGGGAGAUGAUGUGAGGAGGACUCAGCAGACUGGUGCUGUUGGGGGACAACUGGGGAAACUCUGCAUGCUUCUACCUCUAUGAGUUGAGAAGUUGUGUUGUUGUGUCGUGGGACAUUAGAAAACCGACAGAUGUUCACCAGUGCAGCCUGUCUGCGAUCCUGAGCAGGAUCUCUGCAGGUCUGAAGCUAAUUUUCUUUAAAAGUGGGCCUCAAAAUGUAUUAAAGAAUCAUAGGUGUAGAAAUUGUAAA